AUUAUUUAUCACUGCAAAGAAAAUGUGACAGAGAACAGUAGUUAAUAAUGGCAUAAUACAUGUACACCACAAUCAACAUCACACCGUGCACUGUUACCAUCAAAGGCAUGCCGUACGUAAAAACUGUAAUAAAGGAGCAGAGACCAAUGUGGUGCAAAAAGUGUGGACUUUUAACAGCCAUCAAGGAUGCCUUUAUGAAUAAAAUGAACGCGUUCAUCAAGUCGUCUUCGUCCGCCACCACUGCUUCGUCGUCCGCUCCAGCGCCAUCUGGACAACGGACGUUGUCAGCGUCUCCUUGGACAGAAUUAAUGAUGCCACAGCCACUUCCACCAUCACAGACCUCUUGGUGGUCGUCACCUCCACCAUCGUUUUGGUGGUCACCCCCGUCAUCGUCAUCGAAUUGGUGGUGGUGGUGUUGAUGAUCCCGUCGCGACAUAAUAUCGCACGAUGAACCAAUCAUUUGGAAAAAAAUGAUAACAAAAACGAUUACCUGUACUUAUACAUGAGCCAUUGUAUGUAACUUACAACAUAUAAUAUUUUUAUUAUUUUUUUUAAUACCUACCACGUAUAGUUUACACGCUCUAUUCAAAUCUAUGUAUAAAAACGAUUGCAUUCGUAUACUAGUAUUAAAGUACCUCUACACAUCUUUAGUAGGUACACAAUAUCAUUCGACUUAAAUCAUAUUGUAUUUUGAAAAAGUACAUAAAGAUGUAUGUAUUA